AUGGAUACCAUAACAAUCGAGCAUCCGUAUUUAGGCAGGGUCACGGGCAUCCAAAAGUCACCUUCUGUUCUACAGUAUCUAGGCCUCAAGUACGCAGAAAUCCCCGGACGCUUCUCUGAAGCAGUCCUCCAUAUUCCAAAGGAUCCGAAUGCGACUCGCUACGGGCCGCAAGCCCCUCAGGGCGCCGACACCUGCGCAGGAGAAUUUGGUCUCAUUGGCCAAGUUCUACCAAUUGACGACGUUGUAAACACGAUGUCGGAAUCGGACUGCUUGACACUCAACAUUACCGUACCUUCGUCUACGGGGGUCAAGUAUUCAGAUCUUCCAGUCUUGGUUUGGGUUCAUGGAGGAAAUUUCCAACUUGGUGCAAGUUCCUGGCCGCAGUAUGAUUUAGCCCACAUUGUAAGCACCUCGGCGAAACUAGGAAAGCCAAUUGUUGGUGUCAGCGUGAACUAUCGACUUGGCAUACUCGGUUUCCUUACAUCCACUGAAAUGACAGAGGCAGGCCACGGGGGAAACUACGGGUUCAAAGAUCUUGUCACAGCCUUUGGGUGGAUCCAGCGCUAUAUUCAUGGUUUUGGAGGCAAUCCUGACAAUAUCACUGCACUUGGAGAGAGUGCUGGCGCAGCUGCAGUGACGACUCUUUUAUGGCAAGAAGAGCCACUUUUCAACAAACUGAUUGCCAUGGGCGGUUCCUGUUGCUUAAUACCCCCGGCCCCUCUGGAAGCCCAUGAUUCGAUCUAUGAAAAAGCGAUGAGUCUGCUCGGCCUAUCAGAGGAACCCUUUUCCAGGCAGCAAGAGAUCCUUAGUACAAUGCCAGUUGAAGAACUUGUGAAAAAGACUUUCCAGGUUGUGCCGGCACUUCCUGCCAUUGAUAGAAUCUUCCUACCAAAAGCACAUGGUAUUUUUUGCAUUUCGGACCCUGAAGAUCUUUCGAUCCCAGGAAAAACGUGGUGCAAGACAAUGAUUUUGGGAGACAGCAAAGACGACGGUCUUGUUAUGGGUCUGGGGAUCUUAGCAGCUGGUCGUGUUGCAUCAAUUCCGGCAACAUUCCCUGCACAUUUUGAAAGGUCAUUUCUUUCGGACCCGGAAGAUCUUGCACUCAUAAAACAGCACUAUCAAAUAGAUGCGAACACCCCAUCAAACCAAGCCUUCGAUACGCUUCUCCAAAUGUCCUCUGAUAUCGGCUUCUUGGCCCCAACACAUUACCUUGCGGCGGGGUUCCCAGGUCCAUCAUACGUCUAUCACUUCAACUAUCGUAAUCCUUGGGAUGGGAUGUGGGGUGGGAAAGUCAGCCACAUUCUCGAUGUAGCUGUCGCGCUGGGAAACUACAAUUUGAAUGGUUUGGAUGAACAUGGCGCUAAUACUAGUGGCGAGAUGCAGGAUGCGUUCAUAAACUUCGCUAAUGGUGAGGAGCCUUGGGCACCAUUUCAGGAGAUCGCAUCGGGUCCAAUGAGGGUUUUUGGAGAUGGGAAGGCGAAAAUGGUCACUGCUCUCGCAGACGCUCAGCGUUACCCGGAGCUGUUUGACUUGCUUGAAAAUGUCGGGUGGUCCAAGUGGUGGACGGCAAUAUCAAAUUAUCUAUAA